UAACACCGACGCCUCGUUACGGUUAUGACUUGCAUCACAUUUUGAGAACACAAUAUUUCUCCCGUAAACUGGAAAGAUGACAUUGCACUUGGAUGAACCGAGUCGUCUGAAUGACAACUGACAUGUUUCAUUCAUUUUUAAUUUUUAAUCCCCGGAUCCAUAGCUCGACCCGCUCGACUCCCCGGUAUAUUUAGUAAGUGUCACUUCUGUCAGAGAUGUGUUGAUAUGUUGUGUCUUAAAGUGCGUAGACAUGAUGUCAAAGUCGGGCAAACUUUGUUCGCGCCGUGUCUUUCGGGCUUUAAUGGACUCCCACUUUUGAAGGUGCAAGGAGGCACCAGAAGCUUAGUUCCGUGUGGCUUUUUUCCGCCUCCGACGACGGAACUUCAACCUUCAUCCAUUCACCCAAGAACUGUGUGUGUGUGUCUGUGUGUGGGGGGGUGGUGAUGGUGGUGGUGGUGGAAAAGCGAGGCGAGGCUUCUAUACGUAGAAGGGAACGAGAUCGAGAAGGAACGAGUAGAAGAAGAAGAAGAAAAAGAAGAAGGAAGGAAGGAAAGAAGGAAGGGGAAUCUCGCGUUCCUUAACCAAGGGACCAGGAGGGAGUGGGCCUUCGAUCCCGCGUGCGUGCCCUAGGAUAACGGACGGGAUAACGAGGAGAAGACCCAGGCGACGACAUGGGUGAAAUAGAGAAGUCGACAACCAGACGUUAGUGGAAGCACACAUGCACCAAGGUAUCUCUUUUGGACAUCUGGGAGUUUUAUUAUAUCGAGCGAUCCGUGUUUUAAUCAACUACUAUCAACGAUCAUCCCGUCCCGUUCAUUGUCCACCGUGAGCUUAAAGGGUGCCAAGGCAUCAGAAUGACACUGUAGUGAUCGAAACGAAGCCGCACACGAUAUCCAGCAUUUUCCAACGGAUCAUGCAAAUGUACCUGAGAUAAAAGCAGGAUUGGGCCUCAAUCGUUACUUGAAGGAAGAGGCCACUUACCAUAAUGGUGAGCUGUCAUAUGAUGUCGUGUGUCCCCAGGGGCACACAUCGUUACUUGACUGUUCUAUUUCUACUACUUCUUCAAGGGUCGUGGAGCCUUCGCGAUAUGGAAGUCAUUUUGCCGCCGGCCGUGUCCUUAGGCGAGACAGUUAACUUGACUUGCCAAUAUCACCUUCAAGGCGAACACCUGUACACUGCCAAAUUGUACAAAGGUCGUCACGAGUUCCUUCAAUUAGUGCCGGCAAAGGGACCAAACCCUCUGAAAACUUUCCCUCUCAAGGGAGUCAACAUUGAGUCGAUAACGUUGAAUGGGACCGGGAAGACUGUGACUGGCCUUCACGUGACCCUUCGGGACGUCAAUCUGUUCUCAACUGGUCUCUACGGCUGCGAAGCGUCGGCUGAGGAAUCAUUUCACACUCAGAUCGUGCGGAAAUACAUGACCGUCAUUGUGAAACCGGAUGCCAGACCGUUGCUCAGCGGGUUACGGCCUCAUUACCGGGUGGGAGAUGUCACUAACGCCACCUGUGUCGUCAAGGACACCUUUCCCACGGCCAAUAUCUCUUGGUUUAUUAACGGAGACAAGAUCGCCAACCCCAAGUUCAUUCAAAGUCAUUCGGAGCGAAGUCCAAGCGGCCUCUUGAGUACGAUCUCGGUUUUAAAUCUGCCCUUGAAGGCCCAUCACUUUCGGGUGGGCCGUCUUCAUGCCAAGUGUGUUGCCAGUAUGCUCACCAUGCACUGGCAAAGCCUCGACGUUGAGAGUCUGGAAGAGUCUCCCACACUUUUGGCGGCCUCAAGUCACAUCGAGGACCGACCAACGGCGACCAAUCUCUCCACAAUAGGAGCGACCAAAACCAAAUCGAACGAACCAGCCAAAGGACACGACAAAGACUCGCCGUUUGCAUCAUUAUCACUCAACCACGGCCAAUCGUCCACAUUGGUCGCCAUCAACCAGGGUGAUCUAAUAGGGAUGCUUGUUCUGGUAUCCACCCGAAUUCUCGUUCAGCAGUGGCCUUGGCAUUCCUAUUGAUCUUCUGUGUUCUAUUCAUCACGGAUGUUCCAACGAUGAAGUCGGAAAAAGAUGUCGGUCAAUUCCAAACAACUUUGCCGGGGCCCGAUCUUGAGCCAGAAAAUGUGGACGAAUAUUUCAGUUGUUCUAAGCCCGAACGAACGAGGUCCCUCGAGACAAUGUUGCGGAACACGACAAUCUACGUUGGAGGACGAAAACCGAGGCUACAAUUGGAGUUGAAAUUGGGUUCUAAAUAUUCGUCUCAUGGACCACUGAAUUGUCGCCUCCAAAUGUGAUACAUCGCAGUACCGUUUAGAUAGGUUUGGCAUAUUUUUGCAUUCUGUUGAAAUACAAACAGGAAUUUUUUUUUCA